AUGCAGGCAACAAAGCGGUUAUCCAGACAUUCAGAUGGUUUGGACUAUUUGCACACAGGAUGUGUACUACCAAUAAUUCACAGAGACCUGAAGUCACACAACAUUCUUCUAGGACAUGACAUGGUUGCCAAGAUCUCAGAUUUCGGACUGUCCAAGUCCUAUUUCGAUGUUGCACAAAGUCACAUAUCUGUCUCAGCUGCUGGAACUAUAGGCUACAUUGAUCCAGAGUAUUGCCUUAGUUGCAGACUCACCACAAGUAGUGACGUCUUCAGCUUUGUAGUAUUGCUAGAGAUUGUAACAGGCGAACCUCCAAUUGUGCCAACCACCGUGCACAUUUUGCAGCGUGUAAAGGAGAAGGUUACUACAGGAAAUAUUGAGGCAAUUGUUGACCCACGACUUGAUGGUGACUACGAUGUAAGUUCAAUCUGGAAGGUUGUGGACAUAGCGCUGUUGUGCACAAAGGAAGCAUCUGAUGAAAGGCCAACAAUGAGUAUGGUGGUUGCACAACUAAAGGAUGCCUUGGCAUUGGAAGAAGCCCGUAAUGUGAGUAUCAGCGAUAUUAGCCAAAAGGGUGCCAAUCUUGGCUUGUCGUUCAACUCGAUGCCAUCAGCAAGAUGA